AAAAAACAGGAAGGGGACAAAAACCUUUUCACGGCACUGUAUAUACACACACACAGGUGUAUAUGCGUGUAUAAAAAUAAUGCAGACCCACAUUGUUCACAUAAUCCAAUGCAGUGCUUUAUUAUGUUAUGUUUUUACAAUUUGCUGUGUUUCUGUCCACAGCUCGGUGUGGUUGUGCCGACACAUGCCUUGACUCUUCCAGAAGAACCAAUCACAGGGCCUGGAGAGUACUGGUGUAAUGUCACAGUGAACGGAGUGGACACAGUCAGGGUGCCCAUGUCUGUGGUGCAGUUUGUGGAGCCCAGUCAACGGCUGCUGAUGAAGAAACAGGAAAAGCAAGAGCAGUCAGAUUCAGAGUAGUGUUUUCUUCACUAAAAUGCUUUGCAGGAAACAACUUGGAGAAUAUACACAAGGAAUUUGUACAAAUAAAAUGAUUUUCGUUUAUUUCUUUUUGUGUGGUCUGUUUUUCUUAUUUUUCAAACUUGUUUUAAAGAGUUAAAGUACAACAUUUUUGAAAUAAAUUAACAUGAUCUUCAUCACACUAUGUAAAUUCUCACUUAGAACAGGGAAAUGAAGUGUAUCUAGUCAAAUAAAUUAA